CCCUCCUCUGCGCGCCAUUGCGAACCUGCUCGUCUGCCCUAGUGCAGCCUAUCACAUCCCGCCCAGCAGUCGUGCAGCUGCCUCCAUUGGCGCCAUACAUUUAGUCCUGCUGUAAGUACCCGCCAGCCUUUCCAUCCCAACUCUCUCUCUCCACCCUCAUCCGUGCUCCCCGCCUGUCCAAUCCACCGUGCCCUUGCCCGCGAAGCGCCGCGAGACAAAAGGCCAGCGCCUCGCCCUCCUGCUCGCCUCUCCUCUCUCUUUCUUCCCAGCAGGUCUCUUAUUGUAAUACUUGUGUGCCUUCGUCGCUUUUGUCUCCCCCUCAUCCUUGUUGGCACUUGGUCGAAAGCUGGGCUGGUUCCAAGUCUUUCCCGUAGACACACACAUUUCUAUCCCCCACUCCUCGCCAUCGUCCUUACUGUUACGCCGCCUCCUCCUCUUUCAUGACACUCUCACGUCGUCGAUUCGUCUCGUGAACCUGGAAGACGUCUUAGGAUGGCCGCCAACGAUAAGAAGAGUGCCACAGUUACUGUCCUCGAGAAACGCCGGAAUUCGAAAGACUCGCUCGCCCCGUCUGUCAAGACGCCCCGCACAGCACGCUUCGCAGAGGCAACAUCAGUGUAUUCGCCCAUCGAUCCGCCCAGGUCGCCCUUCGACGGCAAUAUCCCUACGAACCACUACAAGCCGCAACCCCAAGUAUCCGACGUCGGCUUCGGCUACGUCCAGUCCGUCGAGAUGGAGGAAACCGACAGGAGGUACCUUCCUCCGCCCACGCCAAAGACGCCACUCAAGAGCCCGCUCAAGAGCGCUAUGAAGUCGCCCGGUGCUCCGCCGCGGACACAGGAGACCAUGAUCCUGAGUCCUUCGUUCAGAGAAGAGGCAGAGCUGGAGAAGAGGGAGGAGAUGACGGAGAAGGAGCAGCAGAAAGAUUUGAAAGUCAAGAUAAGAGUACGGGUAGCAAAGAUCUUCCUCAGAGGCAUCAACUUCGCCUGCAGUCUGAUCGUCCUUUCCAUGCUUGCGACCGCCUUCUCCAUCUUCAACGCUACCAAAACCCUCGCUCCAAGGAACGGUCUCCCGGCAUGGGCAGCCAACACUAGGAUCUGGCCGCAGGUCCUGCUUCUCAGCAUCGCCUGUAUCUCGCUUGCCAUGUCCGUCUUCGUCCUGAUUGCGUACGGAAGAGGAGGGCAUCACAGAGCAGAGAAAGUAGCCGCGUACUAUACCGUCUUCGCCGUGGGUUUCUUCGUCUUCAGCAUCAUCAUGUGGGCAAUCGGCGCCGCAGUCCUCAAUCAAAGUAAAGCCCAAGGGAAAGGGAAAGACAUGUGGGGCUGGUCAUGCGUGGACAACAAGCGACGACACUUGUUCGAAGACGAUGUGUCGUAUGCGCUCGUCUGCCGCCUCCAGAACUGGGCCCUCGUCUGCUGCAUCAUCGAAGUUGUCAUUGAAACCCUCUGCAUCAUCAUCUACGCCAUCGUCUUCUACCGCUUCUGGUCCAAGCGCAAGCUCCGGAAGUCCAUGGCCGUCCGCGACAAAGCCCGCUCAGAUCUCUAUCUCGCACAGCUGCGAGGUCAAUCCGCACCCAACACGCCCGGCUUUGGUCCCCUCUCCCCUCGUUCUGGCGGCUGGCGCCCUCCCCCAGGCCACCCCGCCUACGUUGACCCGCAGUCCGCCGCUGAGAACGGCGCAGCGGAGACAAUACAGUACGCGCGAGAAAUCGCGCAGCCGCAGCCCUUCCAACUUCAAGCACCCCCGAUCAAGAUCCAGGGCGCUACGCCGAAACUCGACCAAGAUGGGUUUGAGUCGCCGUCACGAUCACACACCGUCUCCCCGCCGCUACCGCCUGCCUCCCCGGGCUUCAAGGAGAGGAACAACGAGCAUGUGGGCGCCGCACCGGGCGAGCAGACUUAUGCUUCGGUUCCGAUUCCCGGAGCUUACACACCAAUGACGAGCCCACAGUAUCCGCCGCCGGGACACCCGCAGCCGACGCCGACAGCGGCCGGCUUCGACUUUGGUCCCAGUGUCACGAACGGGCGGCAGUAGACUCGUCGGUCUGCGUGCGUGCGUGUGUGUGUAUUUCCAAUGCUCAAGCUGCAUAGCGUAGCGUCUUUUUCCUUCUCUUACCUCGGAUCUUGGGUCAAUCUGGGCAUGGCUGGCGAAACGAUCUCCGGGUAACUCUGUAUAUGAUUUCGAUCUACUUUUGGCCUAGGCCACAUUUCCUUUACCGUCAAUCUCUCGCUCAUAAUUAUUUCCUUAGGGUGUUGUUGUGGACGGAAACGGGUUUUCCUUUUGAUACCUCCCAAUGAUGGCUCUCUCAUAUCCAUCGAUCGCUCAAGUCACGAAAGAUGAGAUGGCCGUCGCUUUGUACAGAAGUUAAU